AUACUGAGUGCCAACCCUAUGAAUGUCAACAAUGUGGUGAAGCCUUUUCUUCUCUCCCAGCUGUUCAAAGACACAUGAGAACACACAGUGGAGGUAAACCUUUUCAAUGUGAGGUAUGUGGGAAAGCCUUUCAUUCCCGCACUUUAUUUAGAAAACAUGAAAGAACUCAUUCUGGAGAGAAACUCCAUAAAUAUAAACAAGGUGGUAAAACUUUGGUUUCAUUCACAAGUCUUCGAUGUCACAUGAUCAGACACACUGGGAAAGCACAUUUCAAAUGUAAGGUAUGUGGAAAAGACUUUGCUUAUCCCAGUUUACUUAGAAUACAUCAGAGAACGCAUACUGGAGAGAAGCCCUAUGAAUUUCAGCAAUGUGGGAAAGCCUUCAGUACUUCAUCUUACCUCCAGAUACACGAAGGGACUCAUACAGGAGAGAAGCCCUAUGAGUGUAAGCAGUGUGUGAAAGGCUUCACUCAGUCUGCUCACCUUCACUCUCAUGAGCAAACUCAUACUGGAGAGAAGCCCUAUCAAUGUCAACAAUGUGGAAAAGCCUACACUACUUCAUCUUACCUUCAGAUAAAUGAACAAAUCCAUGCUGGAGAGAAGCCCAAUGAAUGCCAAGAAUGUGGAAAAGUCUUCACUACUUCUUCUAACCUUCAGAGACAUGAACRAACUCAUACUAGGGAGAAGCCCUAUGAACGUAAGCAGUGUGGCAAAGCUUUUGCUCAGUCUUCUAACCUUCACUCAUAUGAAAACACUCAUAUGGCAGAGAAAUCCUAUGAAUGCCAACAAUGUGGAAAAGUCUUCAGUACUUUUUCUAACCUUCACAGACAUGAACGGACGCAUACUGGAGAGAAGCCCUAUGAAUGUAAGCAGUGUGGCAAAGCCUUCACUCAGUCCACUUACCUUCACUCACAUGUGAAAAUUCAUACUGGAGAGAAGCCCUAUGUAUGUAAACUGUGUGGAAAAGCCUUUGCUACAUCUCCUCAGCUUCGCGUACAUAAACGAACUCAUACUGGAGAGAGGCCCUAUGAAUGUAAGCAGUGUGGCAAAGCCUUCAUUCAUUCUGGUGACCUUCGCUCCCAUGAGCGAACUCAUACUGGAAUGAAGCCCUAUGAAUGUAAGUGGUGUGGCAAAGCCUUUGCUACAUCUUCUCAGCUUCACACACAUGAACGAACUCAUACUGGAGAGAAGCCCUAUGAAUGUAAACAAUGUGGUAAAGCCUUUGCUAGAUCUGGUGACCUUCACAUACAUGGAAGGAUGCAUACUGGAGAGAAGCCCUAUAAAUGUCAACAAUGUGGAAAAGACUUUGCUGCAUACUCUCACCUUCACAAACAUGAAAGGACKCAUACUGGAGAGAGGCCCUAUGAAUGUAAACAGUGUGGGAAAGCCUUCAUUGACUCCUCUAACCUUCACAGACAUGAAAAAAUCCAUACUGAAGAGAAGCCCAAUGGAAGUCAACAUUGUGGAAAAACUUUUGAUACAUCCAGUGAACCUCACAUGCAUGGAAGAACUCACAAAGAAGAGAAGACCAAUGAAUGCCAACAAUGUGGAAAAGUCUUCAGUACUUCUUCUUACCUUCAGGUACAUGAACGGACACAUACUGGAGAGAAGCCCUAUGAAUGUAAGCAGUGUGGCAAAACCUUUGGUAGAUCUUCUCAGCUUCACAUACAUAAACGAACUCAUACUGGAGAGAAGCCCUAUGAAUGUAAGCAGUGUGGAAAAGCCUUCACUGACUCCUCUAACCUUCACAGACAUGAAAGAACACAUAAUAGAGAGAAACCUUAUGAAUAUCAACACUGUGGGAAAGGCUUCACUAUGUCAACUUACCUUCAGAUGCAUGAACAAAUCCAUACUGGAGAGAAGCCCAAUGAAAGUCAACAUUAUGGAAAUACCUUUGAUACAUCCAGUGAACCUCACAUGCAUGGAAGAACUCCCACAGAAGAAAAGACCAAUGAAUGCCAACAAUGUGGAAAAGUCUUCACUACUUCUUCUUCCCUUCAGAUACAUGAACAGACACAUACUGGAGUGAAGCCCUAUGAAUGUAAGCAGUGUGGCAAAGCCUUCAUUCAGUCUGGUCACCUUCGCUCCCAUGAGCAAACUCAUACUGGAGGGAAGCCCUAUAUAUGUAAGUGGUGUAACAAAAUCUUUGCUAGACCUUCUCAGCUCCUCAUACAUGAAAGAACUCAUACUGGAGAGAAGCCCUAUGAAUGUAAACAAUGUGGUAGAGCCUUUGCUAGAUCUGGUGACCUUCGCACACAUGGAAGGAUGCAUACUGGAGAGAAACCCUAUAAAUGUCAACAGUGUGGAAAAAACUUUGCUGCAUGCUCUCAGCUUCACAGACAUAAAAGGAUACAUACUGGAGAGAGGCCCUAUGAAUGUCAACAGUGUGGAAAAGCCUUUGCUACAUCCUCUAACCUUCACAAACAUGAAAGACUGCAUACUGGAGAGAAACCCUAUGUCAAACAUGUGGUAGAGCCUUUGGUAGGUCCUGUGAACUUCAUGUACAUGCAAAAAUACAUACUGGAGAAAAGCCCUAUGAAUGUAAACAAUGUGGAAACGUCUACACUACUUCUUCUUCCCUUGUGAUACAUGA